AUGUCACCGUUCAAAAGCGCUUCAAAAGUUGUAUGUAUCGGAAGGAACUACGCAGAUCAUAUCACAGAGUUGAACAAUAGCAAGCCCAAACAACCAUUCUUCUUCCUCAAACCAACGUCUUCGAUCCUUCCUCCCAAUGCCGGAGCUGUCAUUCGGCCAAAAGGUGUGGAUCUACAUUAUGAAGUGGAAUUGGCUUUGAUCAUUGGGAAGCAGGUCAAAGAUCUUGAGGCAGAGAAUGAAAAGGAGGCUUAUGAUUCUAUUGAAAGCUAUGCAAUGAGCAUUGAUAUGACCGCUCGUAACGCUCAGAACGAAGCCAAGAAGAAGGGACUCCCAUGGGAUAUCGCAAAGGGCUUCGAUACCUUCCUGCCCAUGAGCAACAUCAUUUCCAAGUCGCAAAUUCCGGAUCCUCAUAAUGCGGAGGUAUGGCUCACAGUUAACAAUGAACACCGACAAAAGGAUUCUACGGAAUUGAUGUUAUUCCGAAUUCCUAGAAUUUUGAGCGAUAUCUCGAAGGUGAUGACUUUGGAAAAGGGAGAUAUUGUCUUGACCGGUACGCCAAAGGGAGUUGGAUCAGUGAAACCUGGAGAUGUUAUGAGGGUCGGCAUCAGUAUCGGGGGUAAGGAGCUGAAAGAAGGCAAGAUCGAAGUUGCAGUUGAAGAGUCGACGAGCACAUAUGAAUUCAAGGAGACUUGA